AUGGAUUCAAAGUUUGAUCAUAUCUAUCUAAAUAAUAUACUAAUUUUAUUUCCAGAAGUUUUGUAUUUUCGUGGAUUGAUUGUACCAAAUAAUCAGCUUCAUCUUUCAAGUCAUCAUAAACAGCUUGAACUUGCAUUGGAUCUAAGGGAUCAUCUGAAAGCAUUGGGUCGAUCUCGUCUAAACCAUUUGUUACGUCUGCAAUAUCUAUGGUGGAGACCUUGUGCGAAUGUUGCGAAUGUUGCGAAUGCUUCAGAAAAAGAUUUAAUAGUAUUUGGAUUUCAAAAUCAAAGUUCACACCAAAUUAAAAGGGCCCAA